AUGAGACGAAGAAAGAAGUGCUCGGUUAUAUCCUGCAUUUCACCAUGCCAUACGGCCCAAUUGAGACAUGUGCUGGCUGUGCUGAUGCUCUUCGCCGUGAUCAUAUUGUAUAGCCAGAGGGUGGCGCUCAACAUUGCAAUAGUGGAGAUGGUCGAGCAGCCUGCUAAAAAGAACAAAACUAGUUCGAACAGUUGUCCGUUGCCUGAAGGCGAAGAGUCCUCGGUCAUUAAGGACAUCGAAGGUGGUAAGAUCAAGUGGGACGAGGCAGAGCAGAGCUACGUUUUGCUGUCCUUUUACAUUGGUUAUACGCUCGUCCAGCCACCAGCGGGCUUCAUAUGCGACAAGUACGGUGCCAAAUUCAUCCUGAUCACUUGCGUUGCCCUAUCCUCCGUUGCCACGCUCUGCAUUCCCAUCACCGUCAUUUUGAAGAUGUCUUGGUGGGUCCCCAGUCUACUUAGAAUCGUUUCUGGAGCUGGUCAGAUGUAUUUCCACAAUUAUAUAUUAUUUAUAUUUCUUCUUCAGGCCAUCCUUUAUCCUGCUAUUACGACACUCUUGGCUAGGUGGGUACCACCGAACGAACGGGCGACAUUGGGAGCGGUCGCCUAUUCUGGUAACUCGAUUGGUGUUAUCGUAGGUACAACGGUGAGCGGACUAGCUAUCAGUUACAUGUCUAACUGGAGUAUUGCCUUCUACAUAUGGGGUGCAGCCGGACUGCUGUGGGUACCUGCUUGCUGGAUCUGGAUUUACUCUGAUCCCAACAUAGAUCCGAAUAUAACUACGGCGGAACUUUUGCUAAUUUCCGAGUCUAUUAAUAAAAAGCAAAAGAGAGCUACGCCCCUAAGGGCCAUAUUGGCAGAUCCUGCUGUAUGGGCGCUCAUUAUUGGUCAGACAGGUCACAACUACAUAAUCUUCACGCUCAUUACCAAUUUACCCAAGUAUAUGAAUAACGUUCUUAACUAUAACACCAAAUCAAAUGCGUUUGCCUCGUCACUUCCAUUCAUCGCGCAGUAUAUCAGCAGCAUUAUCAGCGGAAAAAUUGCCGAUCGCAUGAUACGAAAGAACAAUUUAAACAUAGAAUUGGUCAGGAAAUUAUAUACAACCAUAUCUGGCGUUCUUCCUGCAAUCUGCGUAGUUCUGGCCGGCUACAGCAAUUGUGAAAGGACCUACGCACUGAUCUGCUUCUCUCUGGCCCUUUUCUUCAAAGGACCAUUUUACUGCUCGUUGAAGGUCAACGGCAUGGACCUGACGACCAACUACGCCGGCGUCCUGAUGUCACUCUCUAAUGGCAUCGGAUCGAUAGCCGGCGUCGCGACGCCCUACGUCAUCGGAGUCAUAGCACCAAAUAACACUUUGUCUGAGUGGCACAUCGUCUUUUGGGUGGUAUUCGGUAUAUCAGUAGGCACAACCAUUGUAUAUGAUAUCUUAGGAAAAGGCAAUCGCGCCAAAUGGGAUUACACUGCCGAAGAGCUGGAAGCUUUGGAUAAAACUAAAUAUACGAAGAAAUGGUACCUUCAAAAAUCUCCUGAAGAACUGCAAAUUGCUGCAGAAGCGGCUUUAAAAAGGAAACAGCAGCAGGAAUCCACUUAAUAUUGUUAAGAACUUUAUUCUUUUAGCAUUAAAUAAUUUUAACUACAUUCAACCAUUACAAUAAU